AUGGCGUCAACGAAUUCGCAACGAGGAAAAUCUUCAGCGCCACCAGCUAUGUGUUCUACUUCGGACGAUUGUUCGUGCUCUAUAGCAAGAAACAGAUUGGCGAUACAGGGUCGCCGGAAGAAACAAUGUGCCAAGUGCAAAGGUUCCAACGGGCCACCUGUACUGGUCAUUCGAAGUGAUGACCCAGCACUUUGUCGGUUAGUUUCCGGUAUUGUACGCCCGAGAUCAUGCUUCCUUAACGGAUGUGCACAUAAAUUCAAGUCAGCUUUCGGAAAGAGCCAUGUGGUGCGGAAUGAUUGUAUGGUAGCGGUCGCAAUUUCUGGUGGCUUAUCCUCGCUGACGCUGCUACACCUAUUGAAACAAGUGAUUUCUGUUGAUCGUCAACCACAUUCGUCUUCAGAAGAAUGUGACGCCAUUGCAGCUGUUGUUCAGGACUCGGGUUUUGAAUUCCAUCUACUGAAUCCAAUAGAAGUUGGACCUGUUCAGUUUUCUAAUAUGGUUCAUUUGGCCCUAGGUCGGUUGCGCGAGGCACUCCACACAUCGCCAUCCUUAUCUGUUUUGAGAAAUAUUCCCGAAUUAGACAUCUGGAUCCGACAACUCUUAUUUGUAGAAUGUGCCAAACGGCUUGGUUGCGAUUUCCUUUGUCUGGGUGAUACUGGGACCAGAUUGGCUACCAAAUUCCUUGUGUCUGUCAUCGAAGGCCGAGGCGAUCAGGUCUGCGGAGGCACGUCAUUUUCAGAUGAGCGAUACCAGGAUGUCACAAUCAUCAGACCACUGUACGAAUUCCAGACGAAAGAACUUGUAUUCUAUGCACGGUUUUGUCGAUUAGAGCCACUAAUUUCUUACAAUGUGGUUACCGACGCUGUUCUGGAGCGACCUGGUGUAACUAGCCUGCCAAGGCUGUGUGAAGAUUUUCUUCUCGGCUUGCAGUUUGGUGGAUUCCCGUCAACAACCCAGACGGUCCUGAGCACUUGUUCGAAAAUCGCAUCUUCUGAGUCCAAUGCUUCAGUACUUAAACGGUGCUGUCUUUGUUGGGGUACAUAUGUCCCUUACAUCCGCACCGAAAAUCCACACAAAUUGGCGUUGGCAGCCAUGGAGUACUCUCGUUCCGCGUCAAAUUUCAAGCCAGAUCAGGCGCUUCCUCACUCGAAUGAAGUGAAGUUUGAGGAAGACGGACAGUCCAGUACAAACAUUGAUGGCCAACUGUGCCCUAGUUGUUCAAUGCUUUAUGCAGAAUUGCCAAACGAACUGAGGGAACUGUUUGAUGCUGCGUUUUCUUCCGAUCCAGAUGGNCCAGAUGGAACACAUAAUAACUCAUCGUUACCCGAACCAUAUAUAACUGUGAUGAUGGACACAAUCAGAGAAAGCGCGCAGCAUUGCUUUUAACCCUGUACAAAAGACUAAUCAA